AUUUUAUGGGGAGACAUAUAUGUGUCAACUUGCAGUGACAGGAGGGUGCAAGACUGAGCUCUAAGCUCGGGGGCGGAGUUGGCAGAAAGCUCUCGGGGAAGAACUUGUGAGUCAGUUUAGUUGAGAGUCAAGGCAACUGUGGACUAACGUUACACACCUCUCACGAGCAAAAACACAGGACUGAAUUUGUGGAAGAUCGCAUGUGUACCGGACUCAGGCGAGUCAAAAUGUAUCCUAAUCCGAGACGCGCUUUGGAUGUUUUGGAGACGCGUAACAGCGCAUGAAACAUACAUGUGGAAAGUAUGAUCGUGGGAUCUUUGACAUAGAUUGGGGAAGUCAGCAUUUGACGCCAUGCGUCUUGAGCGCGUGUAAAGUGACCGAUCUGAUUUGAACAUCGACCUGGCUGCAUGUGAGAAACAACUCGGUGAAGAUGAACAUGGACCCUACCAUCCCGGUCAUUAUGUUUAUAUUUGGCGUGGUCGGGAACAUUAUUGCUAUCGUAGUGCUUCAAAAGUCACGGAAAGAGCAAAAGGAGACCACUUUUUACACCUUGGUGUGUGGACUUGCCGUAACUGACCUCUUGGGCACGCUGCUCGCGAGCCCAGUCACCAUUGCCACCUAUGUGAAGGGCGCGUGGCCCGGUGGGUAUCCGCUGUGUCAGUAUUCCGGGUUCAUUUUACUCUUCUUCUCUUUGGCAGGUCUCAGUAUUAUCUGUGCCAUGUCCGUCGAGAGGUACCUCGCCAUCAAUCAUGCCUAUUUCUAUAACCACUACGUGGACCAGCGGGUGGCAGGUUUGACGCUCGCGGGAAUCUAUGUGUCCGAUGCACUCUUCUGCGCUCUUCCCAGCAUGGGACUGGGAUCCGUGGCACUCCAGAAGCCAGGAACCUGGUGCUUCAUCGACUGGCAUAAAAACGACAGCUCGAACGCCACUUUCUCCUACAUGUACGCCGGCUUCAGCUCCGUCCUCAUCCUCGCCACCGUCAUUUGUAACGUGUUGGUGUGCGCGGCUCUCAUCAUGAUGCACAAGCGCUUCGUGCGCAGGACCUCGCUGGGGACAGACCAGGCGCGCGUCGCGGAGAUGAGGCGCAGGCGGAGUUUCGCGCGUCUGGCUGGUGCUGAGAUCCAGAUGGUCAUUGUUCUCAUAGCCACGUCCGUUGUCGUGCUCAUCUGCUCCAUUCCUUUAGUGGUGCAGGUGUUUGUGAACCAGAUGCCCACCCCAGGAGAGACAGCAGAAAUGCUGAACUCGGACCUUAAGGCCAUCCGAAUUGCCUCUGUCAACCCCAUUCUAGACCCCUGGAUCUACAUCCUGCUGAGAAAGACGGUUGUGCAGAAGAUUAUAGAAAAGGUCAAGUGUCUCUUUUGCCGUAUCGGUGGACGGAGUCACGGGAGGAGCCCUACGGAGUUCCACUGCAGUAAUGGUGUCCACAGCUCAUCGUUUGUCUCUCGUGAUUUGCCGUCGCUGGUUCUGCCCGAGCAGCCGGAGAUGAUCAGCACGUCACAGACAUAUUUGUAUCCCCUGGACGCGGGACAGGGGAUGGGCUGCUGUGGUGACUCUGUGCAGAGCAGGACGUGUUCAACUUCAACCGAGCAAACCCUUCUCUCAGGUGACUCUCAGGUGGUAGACCUCAGCAGCGGAGAAAACAGAACAAAAACGAGCACAGACUUUGUGAAAACACAUUCGUGCACGCACUCCACCCCAAAUGAAGCGCAGUGUUCCAAGCACCAGCCGCUGCAAGUCACAUUCACAGACGAGACUUUGAGCUUAGAAGAGAGAAGCAUAUGAAACAUGCCUCA